GGUUGGCCGAGCGGCUGGGCUGUUGCUGUGCUAUAGCCCCUGGUCGUUAUCCAGCAGCCGCAGGACGGAAGUUGCAAAGCUGGAGCCAAAACCAACAGCUAGCCAAACGAAAACCGGGGCACCCUGCCGGUGCCGCCCCCUCCGGUUUUGGCCGCUCUCUCGCUCUCUGCCGGCAUGCCAAUAUAUACGCCCCUCGAUCGCGCUGCUCAUCGGCUCAUACUACAUAGCAGACCUGCCGACCAAGACCCUCUUACAUCAGCUUUGUUCCUUGCACUGUCUGCUGGCAAUGGCGGAGGCCAAGGCUGCACCUGCAACGGCGGAGGGCAGCGGUGGGAGGAAGACGGUGGUGCUGGUGGCCGUGGACGACAGCGACCACAGCAACCGCGCGCUCGAGUGGGCCGUGCGGCACGUGGCGACGGCCGGCGUGGCGGCGGCCGAGCUCGUCGUCGUCCACGCCAAGCCGCCCGCGUCCUCCGUCGUCACCUUCGGCAGCCCCGCCGCCGCCGGGGACGUGGUGAGGGUGGUGGACGCGGACCUGCGCAAGAGGGCCGAGGACGUCGUCGACAGGGCGCGCCGCCUCUGCGUCGCCAACUCGGUGCAUGGUCUGAUAGAGGUGAUGGAAGGAGAGGCGAGGUACGUGCUCUGCGACGCCGUAGACAAGCACCACGCCGACCUGCUCGUCGUCGGCAGCCAUGGCUACGGUGCCAUCAAGAGGGCAUUUCUCGGGAGCGUGAGCGACUACUGCGCCCACCACGCGCACUGCUCCGUCAUGAUUGUCAAGCAGUCCAAGUCCAAGAAAUGAUAGCGUCAUUGUGGUGCCGAGCUUGUUGUAUCUCUUAGUAAAAUCCAGAGUUCUGUGUGCGUGAAAAGUGAUGUCAAAAAGAUAUGUGUAAACAGUGUCGCAAAACUGAACCAAUACCUCAAAUCCAGGUUAUA